AUGCCUCGAGAACUGACGCCGCGGCAGUGGCGUGCGCUUGCCACUGUGUACCACCUCUACGUCGCAAGCUGGAGGGGCGACGGCGGUGCGACGGCAAGGCAGUCCGCUUGUGACACGGUGCGGCCGACAGACGUGGGCGGGGAGGAGGAGGAGGAGGCGGUGCAGUGGGUGGAGGGGGUCCUGCCGUUCCUGCAGCGUGCCUUUCCGGAGGAGGAGCUUACGGGGACGGGGCGGCGACGCGGGGAUCACGACACCAGCGGGCGGAAGGGGCGGCAUGUAGGGCGAUGGCGGCAGUGCAUCCCAACCGCGCUGGAUGCGUUUCUUGCAGAGCUUUUGGCGCCGCCUGCUUCCCCGUCAUUGCGGGACGCGACGGGGCCAGCCUUAACGGCAAACGAGAGAACGCUCCUGCGGCUGCUCAACAAGGAGCAGCGGCUGGCGGAUCGGUGCUACCAGCGUCACAUGGCGCUUCUGGAGCGUGUGCGUCGCGAGGGUCAGGCCCUCAUUCGUUUGGCCGCGGAGUGCGCCGGCGACGACGAGCAGAAGUUUUCCAGUUCAAGAACUGAAAUGAGUAGUGGCGGCGGUGCGGAGGCAAGUUUCCCCGCCCGCGUGGACGGCCCCGUGAAGGGGGCGAGAAAACGUGGGAGAGCGCCCGGGGGCGAUUACGGGCAAUCCCCAGAAGGCGUGAUGAGGGCGGAUUUGCCAAGUGACAGGGAGGUGGAGGGGGCAGUGUCGCCUGCAACCACGGCCGCCCCCUCCGAGGAAGAAGCUCAGCAGGGCGCUCCAUCUAAGACCAUAACUGCGGCGAGAAAGCUGACGGAUGGGGCGACCGCGACCGUGACAACAACAGUGCCGUCACUGUUACCUGCGCCAGCGGCGAUGGUUUAUUUAACGUGUGCUGGCUGUGGCGAACAGGGCGGGGAAAUUUUCCAGUGCCGGCACUGUCACUCACUGCGCCAUGAGGUGUGCGACGGGCCCAGGUUGGACUCUGAGACUGGCCUGUGCGUUGCCUGCUCGCAUGAGUUGGGACUCUCCCUCAGCAGCAGUCUGCGCUCCUCCACAUCAACAGAGGAGCGUGAGGCGCUUAGUGAGGACGACACAUCGAGUCUCUCGGGUUUUAUUGUGCACUCAUCGGAGGCAUCAGAAAGCGAUUCUACGGCGCCAUCCUCGUCCUCGGUCACAUCCUCUGAAGUAGAGGAAGAGAGGAGACUUUUGCUGUCCAAGGCUUCGCGGCGGAAGCAGCGUGGUCGUCCUUGA